AUGCUCAAUGAGGAUCAUCCACGCUUUCUGGAAAUCCGGUAUAGAAAUGGAGGGACGUUUCUCUGCGGACCAACAUCCGAGCCGAUGGAUCUCUAUCUGGAUCCCACUGGAUACACACUGAUGUCGGACCCUCCGCCAGUCCGCUUGACCAUACACCCUCUGGAGGUUCGGAGAAUAUGCCUUGUCCGGGCUUUUCGAGGACAUACCUAGGCUUGGACUACUGGACAAAAUUCCGAUGGGACCCUAACUUUGCAGGCUUUCUGGAAUAGAAUUUAAGUAUUUUCAGACCAAAGUUCAGGUCGAUUGGAUAAUGUGGUCCCGAGAUAUAGAGAUUUAGAACCUAAAAGCUCUGGUUUCCGGGAGAAGACGGUAUUUUCUGGUCCUACAUCUCUAUAUCUCCGGAAUAGGUAAUCCAAUCGAGCUGAGACUUGGACUUAACAUUUGUACGUCCCUUCAAGUCCAAAAAACCUACAAGUUUGUAUCCUAUUGGAAUAUUGAAAGAGGACCAAAAGGACCAACUCAAGAAGGUCUUCGAAAAGUCGACAGCCAGCCCUGAUUUGUGUUCAUUUUUAUCUUACAGGAACCCCAACGUGAUCAGCAAAAAGAGGAAGUGAACCGCGCUUUAGUUCCAAUGGAAGUGGAGAGAGUCAGUUGAUUUCCCGGAAAAAGUGAACAAUUUGUUCUGUUCUCAGAACGAACCGUUCCAUCUGGUUCUUCCAAAUCUCGUUCAACCGGCGGAAGAAGUUGAGCGUCAAAUCGAAAAUCGUGUUCAGCGGCAACCAUCGCCGCCAUCCAUCAGUUCCUCUUCGCGUCAACUGAAAACUCUGGAAAGCGCUUAUCAGCUCUUUCCCGAACCGCCCACUUUGGCUUCGCCAACAGAGAGGUUAGUUCUUAUCACGUUCUGAUUAUAUGUGUAUACAUAGUCAUAAUCAAUCAGUUGUUUUCCAGUUUAAGCGCCUUGUUUCUCGUGACUGAAUCUGAGUGAAUUAUUCGAUGAAAUACUCUUUCUUUCAAAACACUUUGGCUUUGAAGUUCUCUGACCUGAAAACUUUCAGAGAACAUAGUCUGGUGCAAAUGAUUGGCAGCGAGUCGGACAACGAUCGGAAUGCAAACUUGGUCAGCUCGGAGGUGAAGAAGGACGAUGCGGCCGGAGGACAGGGCAAACUGCUCCGCGAUGCUCAUGCCAAUUCGGAAGUGGGAGCGAAGAGUGCUGCAUGUGACGGUUCAAAGACGGCUCAGAAAUUUGAUGACACGAUGCUUGUUGACAAUAUGGGUCCGUCUAACAAAGAAGCUCAACUUGCUGAUCUCAAGGACGCCGCCAAGAACAAUCAGGAGAAGAUUCCAAUCGAACCGAUCUUUCAAGCAACGGAAGGAGAAGCAAAUAAGGAACCAUACAACGCACCCCGUCUAUCAACAAAAACAACGGUUUGUCCUCUGUUAUCUUCUCCGCCAGCCGUUCAAACUUUGACCCCAUCCGAUCACGUCACCAAGGAAGAUUCGCCGGAAAAGAAACCAGAGGGAGCGUCUGAUCAGAACCGCCUGAGUUCCGUUUCAACGCCUGUUGUGCCUCAAACGAAGGAUUCGGAUAGUUUCAAAGUGCCUACUCUACCAGGUGUUCAGGCAUUCAAAAAGAAAUCUCCGAGGAAGGAGCCGGAAGAAACUCAGGAUCCUUUGUCUGCCCCUCCAGCUUCGGCUACCGUGUCUGCUUUACAAACCGUUCGAGCUUUAAAGCCGUCUCGAGACGUCGCCAAAAGAAAGUAUUCAAAGGACGUGAUUUCUGCUCCAAAACCAUCUGAACCUCAAGUCAAGGGUACAACUAUGGAAUUGAGAAAGAGAGCUGUUUCGUCCCGCCAACAUAAAGUUCACAACAGUGUUCCCUCCAAGAUUUCUCCUUCACCGCUAGCCAUUCCUCCGAUUCUGAUCAAUCAAGUGAUGAAGAUAACACCGCAUGAUGAUCAGAUGACUGCGGAGCAACACGCUCCACCGCCUCCGAAACGAGUUAGAUUUGUGGACAAUGUGAAGGAUACCAUGAGUGAUUCGCCAAAUUACUCGAAAUCUGCAACAAAGCACAGUAAUUUUGUGCCGGUCGAGGCAAAGACGCCAAAAAGAUCGUCCACGGAAACAGUUCUGAAAAUUCCUGCUCCAGUUGCUGUGAAAGCGAUGAAGAUAGAACCUUUGAACACGAUGAUGAGUUCGAUGGCUCUUUUUUCCGCGCCACCGACAACUACAGCCAAAACACCAGCGGCAGAAUCACCGAGAAACGUUCCGAAAAGCAAACCGACAAAGGCUCUCCUAGGGUGGAAAUGUACCUGCGGGUUUGAGCAAGCCGAAGCCGAACGUCGGAAAGCUCAUCUGUGCAACGGAACAAAUCCGGACACAGAAAGAAUAAGGUAUCGUUUGUCCACGUGGUCCAAACAUUUCGUAUUUUCAGAAUUCCAAACGUAGCGGCAGGUCUUGCCGUCAUAAUGCACACUCACCUCAACAAAUUGAGCAAAGAAAUGGAUAUGAUGGCUGAAGCAGCCAGAAUAGAAGAAGAAGAAGAAGAAGCCAAAAGGGCUGUGGAGGGUGAAGCCGAGCAACCAGUCGUAGCUUCGGUUGAGAAUAAAGAACCGACGCCACGUCCGCCUGUUCAAAACGAGAAAUCGGCGGAUGAGAUGCUUUCUGAUUUGACCGCUGCGCUUGUACGUUACAGUAACCCGAGUACACAAUUACCAUUUUUAUUGUUUCAGGGAGCACCGAAAAAUGGCGAGGAAGAGAAGGCUGCUAGAAUUCGUGCCUAUCAACAACGUCGUUUGGUCCAGAUGGAGUAUGAACGACUCGAGGUCACACGGAAAUUGGAAGAAGAAGAGCGCAUUCGGAAGGAGAAGGCAGCACUUCAGCCGCAAGGACUGGAAAUGCUGGUUGGUUACAGUAACCCAAGCCGCGAAACACAUUCACUUCUUUUCAGACCGCUCAAAAACGUCACGAGGAAGCGGAGGCCGCUAAACGUUUGAACUACGAGCAGAGCCGUCUGCAAGCAGCCCUGCGAAUCCAUCAAUCGCCGUUUGCAGCACUUCUCAAAACUGAAGAACAGAGACGAGAACUCGAGGCACUGAUGCAUGCCUCCUUUUUUGCCAAACCCAGACUGACUGUGACGCUGCCAGGUCUACCAAACCAAGUAUUGAACAAUCCGCUUUUGCCAGGCAUUCCGCAAGGACCAGUCGGAGGGAUAGCCAUGAACAGGUGCAUUCUGAGUAUUUCAACUAAUCAGAGGAGAGAACAUCCAUUUUUCAGUUUGCUCGGAGGUGUCGGACCGUCUUUCCCCAACCUCUUCGGUCAAAUGCCCGUACCAGCGCCGGUUUUUAACCUGUUCGCCAAUGGAUUCCAAUUGAACGCUUCGAAUCCUGACCCGAAUGAAAAACAAUGA